UGACUAGACGAAGUACGCCACCGGCAGCGAUAUGCGUCGUCUCUAUGGCUUUCUCGGCGGUGGCAGUAUGUCCAAUUUCGCCUCCUGUGAGCGACCUCACCGUGAUGGAAUUGCUGGAAAUCGCUCAGAAGCAAGGCCUGCAGUGGAUCACUCUACCCGGCGUCACUGGUAGAGUGGGCAGUUACGACUACGCUAAUGCCACGGCCAGGCACUUUAAGGUGACACAGCUAGGUCGAGGCAAGAAAUUCCUGCGCUAUUGCCGCUUCGGACGGAAGGACACGGUCGAAGUGCAGUACCGGAUUUCCGCAGUUUUGUCGACCCUGUGGUGGAAAACAUCCGUACACCAUGGUCGCAGUGACAGCACAGGACAAGAACUGGGUGGUGCCUUUGAUGCCGCAGUAGAGGACGUGGACCUCACCGUUCUAUUCGUUCUCCGCCGAAGCCGACGAAAAGGCAACGUUCGGCUGUGUGCCGAUGAGGUUGAUCUGAGCACCAUCGGCGCUCCCAUUGUGGAAGCGAAAUCCUUCAAUGGAGACGUCGACGCGUCCCUCCGACAUGCCGCGAAUCAGAUGUACGCUAGCGAAGCGGAAAGACUUACCAGUGGUCUGCGUAGGAUUCUAAGAAUGAGUGUUUUCAGCUGUGUUGGGCCUGUGGCUAAAACGAGGUAGUA